UCGCGGGGAGGGAACCAACCCUUGAAGAAAGAGAAGGGACACAAUCAGACGGCCCUCUUCUGGAAAGCAAUCCCGGCCAGAUGGAGACAAGGGGACAGGCUGCUUAAAUAAGUGAAUGAAAAGCGGGGAUCCCUGUUCGCUGCGCUCUUGGUUUGCUGAUCUGUGAAUUAAUAAGGGCAGGUUGCGUGGGCAGCCCAGGGAGACUCGGCAUGGAAGGUGGGCUGCUGCUGCUUUCAAGUGUAAUCUUCCUGCUGCAGGGGGCAUGUGGCUGCCCAGAGACAUGCUUCUGUCACUCAUCUUCAAAUUUUGUAGACUGUAGCCACCAAGGUCUGGCUGAAAUCCCUCCUGAUCUGCCUCCUGAGAUGCUAACACUACUCUUGCAAGACAACCAGAUACACCACCUUCCCGCUCUUGCAUUUAGGACAGUACCACGGCUCAAGACCUUAAAUCUAUCCAACAAUUCCCUUUCAGAACUAGCCCCUGAAGCCUUCCAUGGACUUCAGCACUUGCAGAUUUUAAAUCUAACCCACAAUUCCCUGCUUUCCCUGGAAAGAAGACUUUUCCAUUCUCUCCCACAGCUGCGGGAGUUCGCUGUGUCAUCCAACAACAUAAGCCACCUUCCCAAGUCCCUGGGCGAGACUUGGGAGAAUCUAACUGUACUUGCAGUGCAACAAAACCAGCUUCAGCAUCUCAGUCGCGAGCUCCUAGAAUCCAUGCCCAGGGUGAGGCUGUUACUGCUCCAGAACAACCUCUGGAAAUGCAAUUGCCACCUGCUUGGUCUUAAACUCUGGCUAGAGAUGUUUAUCUAUGAAGGGGGAAUAACAGACGGUGUUAUCUGUGAGUCACCUGACACCUGGAAGGGAAAGGAUCUCCUUAAAAUCCCCCACGAGCUGUACCAGCCCUGCCCUCCUCUUCCUCCUCCAGAGUGGGUGUCUUCCCAGGCUCAUCGGCCUGGCUCGGAACAUGGGGAGGCCCCCAAGCCUCCUGAGGACCACAGUCAGAGCCAGCACCAUGUCGCAGAGUGUGAGGCCAAACCCAAGCCGAGGCCUGCCAACCUGCGACAUGCAGUGGCUACUGUUGCCAUCACUGGGGUUGUGUGUGGCAUCGUGUGUCUCACGAUGCUGGGGGCUGCCAUCUACGGCUUCACCUAUGCAGCCAUCACUGCUCAGGGUCACGGCCGACCCUCUGCGCAAACCUGCCAGCCUGGGAAGCCAGGAGAAAAAGAGCCGUUGAGCAGCUUGCCAGCCUGACAGUGUCCAUCUCAAA